AUAUGGGCUAACUAUAUCCGGGGAAAGUACUUCUCUGCUGGGAACACCACAACCAACAGGAUCGAAUCGAAUUCGAACCAAGUUAAGCUGCUUCUCGGCAAACGACCUCGUCUGGAUGCGACUAUUAGCGGUCUGUUAGCGCACCAGGGGACUAUUAUUCGACGACGGGAAGCAUGCGCAAUCCCUGACUUCUUGACACGCGUUUCGGCGCGUCUUAGCGACAACCCGUUGUCUAAAGUGCGCUCUCAAUGGGACCACUUUAUGGUGUACCUGGUGGACACUAAUCAUCACCUGCCAUGCCAGCAUUUGAUGUUCAUCGCUGAUCAUGUUCAUCGAUUCGAGUAUCUACCUGAGUCGGCCGUCCCGCAGCGGUGGGAUAUGGUCGCAAUGUCCGAGCUGGAUAAAGAGCUUCGAGGUGGUGUCGGAGCGCUACAGGUAGUUUAA